AUGGCCUCCACAUCAACACUUCCCACGCCAUCACGGCCAGUCACCAACCCUCCAGCCGGCUCAUUGCCACCACUCCCAACCCCCAAACCCAGGAGGAGUCUCCCCCGCCGCUGCCACCGAUACGACCCCAGACCAUCUCUCCGAUCGCCGCUCUCCAGUUCAAACUCCACAUCAAAUCUGACCACAGUCCGCUCAGCAUCCAGCGGCCGUACACCAAGCUCUCCCGACAAGUCUCUCCGCCGAACCAUCAGCAUUGCCUCGUUUCCCCAACCGCCAAAGGCAGGAGGUAAUACUAGUCGACCCUCAACCGCGUCGAGUGUGACUGGGGUUCCCGCCUCCGGUUCCACGGGUACGGGUUCGGGUACGGGUUCUACGAAACCUAAACGAGGUUCGCGCCUCAGCACUGGCACAACCAGCAGUUAUCGCAGCUCGAAAACACCCUCGUUAUUGAAUGGAAGCGCGGAUGGAAAGUCCAUUCUCGCUGAUGCGCGUGAUCCAGAGGCUUCGCCGGGUCAUAGCCGAAGUUCCUCGGCUCAGGGAUCCUGUUCGACGAGUGCUACUACGUUUGAGGACGUGGAUGAUGCGAGUACCGCGAAGGGAGGAGAGGGUGGCUCGAAGCCCAAGGAAGCGAAAGGCAAUGUCAUUGUCAGUGUGCGUGUUCGGCCUGAUGCUCCGAACGGUGAAACUGCGAGGACCCAUGGCGAGUGGUCGGUUGAGGGGCGUCAAAGUCUCGUCUCGUACCGGGGUAAAGAGGGAGGAGAUUAUUAUUAUGAUAAUGUAUUCACCACAUACGAAAACAACGCCAAGGUCUAUGAUUCCGCUGCCAAACGCCUCGUGCGACGGGUAAUGGAAGGGUAUCAUGGUACAGUCUUCGCUUAUGGUAUGACAGGAACAGGUAAAACCUUUUCCAUGCAAGGAACCGCUACCUCGCCCGGUGUGAUUCCCUUGGCUAUCACGGAUAUAUUUUCCUUCAUCCGAGAAACGCCGCACCGAGAGUUCCUGCUUCGGGUCAGUUAUCUGGAAAUUUACAAUGAGAAGAUCCAUGAUCUACUAUCCGCCCCUGCUGGCGGCAACGGGCCCGGAACACCACAGCAAGAAGAGAUCAAACUACGCGAAGACAGCAAGCGCGGUGUUUACGCCACGCCCUUGAAGGAAGAAAUUGUGCAAAGUCCCACCCAACUUCUCCGCGUGAUUGCGAGGGGAGACCAUUCCCGCCGGACGAGCAGUACGCAGUUCAAUUCGCGCAGUUCGCGAAGUCAUGCGGUGGUGCAGAUUGUGGUUGAGAGUCGGGAGCGUGUGCCAUCCAAUAAUGCGCAGGACAAGCGGGCUGGAAUCGCUCCUGGUGGUGUACGGGUUUCGACGCUGAGUUUGAUCGAUCUUGCGGGUUCGGAGAGAGCGGCUGAUGAUAAGGAGCGCCGGACGGAGGGUGCUCAUAUCAACAAGUCUCUGCUUACUCUGGGUAACAUUAUCUCCGGUUUAUCGGAUAGCAAAGAGAAGCAGGCGAACUCAGGGGACGGCAGGCAUUUGCCCUAUCGAGACAGUAAACUCACGCGUCUACUUCAACCGGCACUGUCAGGAAACUCGCUGGUCAGUAUUCUCUGUACUGUCCAGUUAGUGUCUGGAGUCAACGCAAACACCGGCGAAACACUGAAUACGCUCAAAUUUGCCGCGCGAGCAAAGAACAACAUUGUCAGUCAUGCCAAAAAGGCCGAGGAGGCAUACGGUGCUGGUGGCGGAGACUCAGGGAGUCGAGUAUUGCUUGAACGCUAUCGGAUGGAGAUCUCAACUCUUCGUGGUCAACUUGAUACACAGGCCAAGGCCCAGGCGGAGAAGGAACUCAAAUGGGAUGAGCAGCAAUUUGAGAAAGAGGCACAUGCCCGACACGAAGAGCAGGUUUUGGAAAUGCAACUCGCUCGAACGGCGCUCAAGGAACGAAUCGAGCAUCUCAACCGUCUCAUUCUGAGCUCCAAGUCGACAGGAGUGAAUAGUCACGGCAGCAUGUCGGCACUCGGACGAUUGUCAAGAAUGUCCAGUAUCGAUAAUGGAACCCGCUCGUUGAGGUCGUCAGCCAGUCAAUCUACAUUAGGCGCAGGCUAUGGCCACUCCUCCAUGCGGCCCAAUUCCUUCAUGUCGGUCACUAGCAAUGACCCAAUGCCUGGAUUCCCAGGCGGAUCAUUUGGCCAAGAAGAAGACGAUGACAUGGGUGAAUUCGGCGAUGGCAAGGCAAGUUUACAAAGACAAGUCACGGCCUUACAGGCAGACCUCGGUGAUAAGAAUCGGUACAUUUCUACCCUGGAGAGACGACUCCUUCAAGCUCGACGCUCCAGUCACUCCCGCAUGUCGGUGGGUGUUAAGUCAACUACUUCCACGAUUGCCGAACAUCCAGACUCGAGCGCUUUGCUACGCGAGAAGGAUAUGGAAAUCAACGAGCUUCGCAUCCAACUCGAUGAUAAGGAUCGAAUGCUCGCUGCGUUGAGGUCUGCGACUAGACAUCGUGAUCUAGCUGCUAUUACCAGUGAUGUACAGUCUCCAGACCUCGCACUCGCAGCUAAAGGGGAAAUUCCAACUGCGCCAAAUAGUCCUCCAACGACGAGUCAUGGCAAUGGCGCGACCCCGGCGACCCCGAUCGAUAAGGGUGCGACUCCGAUGCCACCGCCGCCACUACCCGCACACCUGAAGAACGGCGAUGGGGAAGGCGAGCGAGACCGUAAGAAGAAUAUGGACGAGGUAUCCAAAAUGCUUGAUGAAAUGAUACAAGGCCGCGUGGAAAGCGGCCAUCUAGAGCGGGACUCUCUGGGCGCGGUGAAGAAUGUCUCUGGUGAUUUCAAUCGUCGUGUAUCGACGUCUGCUGAGGUGCGAGGAUUAAAGCCAAGUCCACCCACGCCCGUUCCUACAGCACCGCUCCCGGCAAGUCCGCCAAAAUGA